UAGGAUGUGACUUUGUUCCAUCGCCGCCACCUCCGUCACCUCCUCCUCCACAAACUGAGAUUUCAACCCCAAGAAGACUGCGACAGAGAAAGACAGUUAUAAACCCUAUACUGAGUACACCACAACCGGCAGUAGAUCCUUGGAAACCUCUUGAUCCACAUGAAGAAACUCCUAAUCUCAAGAAACCUAUGAAAAGGGGGAAAACCAGUAGAAUCCCCAAAAAGGUUGAACAGAAAAAGCAAGACAACAAGAGAAAAAGGAAGAGAGAUGAAGUAAAAAACAAAGAUGCCACAAGUCCUCCAGACUCUCAAUUUUGCACUGAUGGUUCUCUCAGAUUUUCCAUAUGCAUCCAAAUUUCCCAAAAACCCAAAGAAAAUUCCACAAAGCUCAGUUUUCUAUGACCAUUACUGGAAUGAAGUUAAAAGAAAAAAAGAAGCACUCAAGGCUAAAAGAAAACUGUUCACGGAUGAUCAAGAGAAGGAAAACAUGGAUAAAGAAGAUGAAGAUGAAGCCAUUGAUAAUUUUGUUGGUAAUGACGACAGAAGUGUAGACUGGAAUUGUGAUGAUCCUGCACCAUUACCCAAACUUGGAGACUCGCCUCUUCCUUUAGAUAUCGGUAAAGAUGGUUGUGCUUUAGUAAAAAGAACAGAUGAAAUUUGUUCUGUUGAUGACCUACCUGUAGUUUCGAGCUAUGAAGAGCUGGUUCGAAAGCAUGUAGAAAACUAUCUUUCAAGUGCUGCUCAAUUCAAGCAACUCACGGAUCUAACCAGACGCGUCAAUCAAUGGGAAGAAAGGAUCAAACCCAAACUUGAACUUGAGGAAAAGAGAGGGUCAUACGAUAUCCAUGUAUGUGGAGCUCAUGUAAUGGAAACCUUUCCAGCUGAAGAAAAGAGAAGCACUAUUCUUUUCUCUGAUUUUUGUCAAGGGAAAGAACGGUGGGAAAUAUGUCGGUACUUCUUAGCAACAUUACAGUUGGCCAAUAACUAUAAUGUGGAAAUAUCUACAGCUGGAGUUCUAGAAAAGGGAAUAGAUACUAUGGCUUUAACACUUUUGUCAAGGAAGCAACAUUAUGAAGAACUCAGGGAUUUCAGGGCUCCAUCUGUUAAUUCUCAGGGUUGUAGUAGGUAGUUUUGACCACUGUAUGAACUGUUGGAUAUUAAAGUGUAUGUAAUUUCGGCCAUUUCCUUUGAUAAUAAUAAUUAGUUUAAACUAGUGCUGUAUAUUGACCUGUCAGUAACGUACAUACCUAAUUUUGUUAUCAUUCCACCUGUGUCUUAUUAACUGUAUGAUCUAAACCAUGUUUAAUCUAAACAGUUUUUAUAUUUGGAGUGGGAAGGGGGAUUUUAUUUUUUUUCCACAAAAAUAAUUUGUAGUAAUUGUUG